AGCAAACGAUCGAAUUUUUUUUCACCGCUCAUUUUCGGUUUUCCCUUUGCACUAGGAUGUCCUCUAAAACUGAAAAAUGUGAUAAAUUGUGCAGACGAGGACACUUCCUGCGCCACGACUCGGUUCCGAAUGAGUUGGACAUGCGGCGCGAGCUUGGCUCGCAGCUUGCCGAUGCCAUCAUGGAAACGAUGAGUCCUGCGUGCAAAGCUUGGAUGGGAAUCGGUAAGAAAUUGGUGGGGCCGGGUCGCUUCUGCUCCAACACCGUCGAACUGAAGGCGAACAUCCACGAGUACAUUGUCCACUACGGGAGCAGUGACGAACGGAAGCGGAAGGCGGAGAGAAUAUUUUCGAAGGAGCAGUUGGAAUUAUGCAAAUUUGAAUGUCGCCAGAAGAUUGGCAUUGCUCGGGACGAGGAACGGAAGCGGAUGCAGGAGCAGCUGGAGGAGGCAACCUUGAAAUUGGAGGAGAAAUUUAACGUUAUGAAAGCAAAAUUAGAGGAAGACUUUGUGAAGGCAAGGAGAGAGAACGCAAAGUUUAUGUGUAGGAAUUUGAGAAAACAGGCUCAACAACUCAUCAAAAGCAUCACGCGAAGAUACAGAACACAAUUGGAAGAAGAAGUGUCCGCAAGAGUGAACUUGGAGGUCAAACGGCUAUCGGAACAAAUAGAAAGCGUCGUUCAAAAUGCAGUAGAGAAGCAGAAAGCCAUUGAUACGAUGGCUAUGCAAAAAAUGUGCUAUCGCUAUGAAGAGAUGUUGAAGAAUGCAGAACACCAAGCAGCCUGUCGCCAACUAACCUCGCUAACCCACGAAAUAUGCUCAUGCUGGGCAAAACAUUUCGAACCACCAAGCAAUCCCGUGUUAUCAUGCCCAAAUUGCAACGCAGUUGUGCCUUUGCCGAGUUCGGAAAGUGAUUCCGUAUCGGUGCAAGAAAGGAAAGUCCUCGUAGGAUCAAGCGAAUUAUUGGACCCCAUUGAUGUGUUCUUCGUUGAAACAUGUCCCAUGAUGCCGGAGGCUGACUCUACCUCGAGUUCGGAAACAGCAGCCAUUGUUGAAGCGGAUUCUUCGCACACUCUGGAGGCCAUCACUUUUGAUGGAAGAGUCUACGCUCAACCUCAGUACUAUCGCAAAAUUCACGAGCAGCUGUUUCCCACUCCAAUGAUUACUUGGGAAAAUUUUGAACCUGAGUCUGUGGCGGAAGAAAGGUCAAUCGAUUCCGAUUUCAUUCGCGAAAUGGUAGAAAGAAUACUGGCAGAUGACGAAGUUUUUAAAGACAAAUCUGACCUGCCUGUUGAACAAGAAGCCACCGCAACUGAAACAGUAUCUGAAGCAGCAGCUGGAUUAUCUUCGUCGAUGUCCUCAAUCUCUGACAUCUCAGACCUUUUCGAUCUCGAACAAACAGAAAAUGCGAUUGAAAUUCUUGUGAAUGGUAUAACCCUCAAAUAUAUACGAGCACCAGAAAGAGGUUCCGAUUGAUUGCCCGCGGCCGAGAAUUUCUGGAAGUAGCAAAUGAUCAAUUUGGUUUUUUCUCAAUUUUCAAGAUCUUUGACGGCCCUCGAGA